GAUGACAUGGCAGCUAUUGUCAUCACCGUAUGCAGCAUUACCGGACGGACCCCAAAGGCCCCAAACCCUACCCAUUCAAUUUCGCCGACCUCGAUCUGUAAUCUACAAUGCAAUCAACGUCCUUGUUGCUCAGCAGACUCUGGUUUCCCUAAACAUCGUUCUCUCAUUCUCUAUCGCGACAGGUUCUCUCGGCUCUCAGCUUCUUAAUCUCACAUAACGUGGAAAAACUAUGUUAAUAUUAGGAUUGCCCUUCUUCCAACUUCCAGUGUACAAUGUCGGAAACCCCUUUUCGACUGCGGGAGAAGCUUCUUGAGAAGCAGAGAUAUUUCCAAAGCAUCCACAAACACACAUAUUUGAAAGGACCUUAUGAUAAGAUCACCUCUGUCGCAAUUCCUGUAGCUUUGGCAGCCAGCUCAAUAUACCUUAUUGGACGAGGGAUCUAUAACAUGUCUCAUGGGAUUGGGAAGAAAGAAUGAGGAGGUAUCUUGUUUAAUGAAUAAUGGGCGUCAUGUUGAUUUCUGUUCAUAUUUUAAAGGAUUAUUUGCUCUUGCACGGGGACUAGUUGUGUUUGAAGAGUUUCUUUUGUUUAGUGCCUCAAAUAAUUGCAUAGAUGAAGACUUCUAGCUACCAACGGAAGUUGACACUUCACUGUUGAUGGUUUAUAUUUUCCCAGUCAUUAAUGCUGCAUAAUUAAAUUGCAAGAUUGAUGCAUUUGCUUGUAUCCCCUUUUCAAUUAAAGUAUUUUGCUUGGUA